AUGGGCCGGGGGCGGGGACGGGGGCAGAAACGCGCAUCCCAUCCCCCACGUGCCGGCGAGAGGGUCCCGGGAGCGCGACCGGGUGCCUCCGCGCAACCCACACCGCCCACGUCUCCGGAGCCGCCGCGAAGCAGCCCGGGUCCGAGCCCGGCGCCCGGUCCUGCCCGAGAAAAAGGCUCCGGCAAGAGGGGCCCCGACCGCGGCAGCCCGGAGUACCGACAGCGACGCGAGCGCAACAACAUCGCGGUGCGCAAGAGUCGCGACAAGGCCAAGCGACGCAACCAGGAGAUGCAGCAGAAGCUGGUGGAGUUGUCGGCGGAGAACGAGAAACUGCACCAGCGCGUGGAGCAGCUCACGCGGGACCUGGCCGGCCUCCGGCAGUUCUUCAAACAGCUGCCCAGCCCGUCCUUCCUGUCGUCCGCCGGGGCCGCCGACUGCCGGUAACGCGCGGCCAGGGCCGGGAGAGACUCACCAACGACCGAUACCUCAGAAUCGACGGGCCCGGAGUGGAGCGCGCCCCAGCCAGGCGCCGCGAGAGUCGCCCGGCGCCUGCUGUAGUUUCUUUGGGACAUGUGAGUGAAAGGAAGCUACAGCCUGGACUUACAGUCACUGAACUGCGAGAGAAGCUAGACGUGUUUAUUUUCCCUUAAAUUAUUUUUAUAAUGGUAGCUUUUUCUACAUCUUACUCUUAUUGAAGCAGCUAAGGUACAUUUGUAAAAAAACAAAAACCCUUUCAAACCAAACCUUUGUAUUGUAGAUAAGAGGAAAAGACUGAGCAUGAUCACUUUUUAUAUUAAUUUUUACAACAUUUGUAAGAAUAAAGAAGCAUUUAAAAUCGC